GGACUUGGGCGGGGCGGCUUCGGAAUGGAAAAAGAAUCCUCGGCGAAGUUCAGCUGGUGAGACUUGCCGGAGAACCUGUAAACUGAAGCCUUGUGGUAGAAGGAGGAGAAGAAUCCCCGAGAUUUUUCCAAAGUCUUGGGUUGCAUUACGAUUGCCUAAGAAAAAAGAUGGCUACUCUUGAAAGCUUGGAAACGAAAGCCCCUCUUCCUUUGACCCCAAUCCGAGGAGCAGGAGAUGGAAUGGAAACUGAGGAACCCCCUAAGUCUGUUGAGGUCACCUCGGGAGCCCAACUCACAAAGCAUCACAUCCGGCAGAGCCCUCGGAAGAAAACCGUUGCCUCCGCGAGCCCAGGAGUUCUUCAGCUGGGGAAGAUUCUUACUGAAAAAGCAGUGGAAGUUGAAGCUGUAAGAAUAUUUGUCCCCAAAGCUGCUAUAACCCAUGAUAUCCCUAACAAAAAUGCCAAGGUUAAGUCUGGGGGACAUCACAAAGGAGACUUCCUCAGUCUGUCGGAGGGAGUCGUGGAACCUAGGAAAGAGCUGUCUGAAGUAAAGAGUGUUUUGGAAAAGCUCAAGAACUCUGAAAGGAGGUUAUUGCAGGACAAAGAGGGUCUUUCAAACCAGCUCCGAGUUCAGACAGAGGUAAGAACAGCCAUAACAGCUUUCAUGAAUACUGUCUUUGUAAAAGGUUGGAGGGUUAUGGCAGAUGAGCUCACCAACUCCCGAGCAGUGUUACAGCGUCAAAGCCGUGAUGCGCAGAGUGCGAUACAGGAUCUCCUGAGUGAGCGGGAACAGUUUCGCCAGGAAAUGUCAGCUACACAGAAAUUUUUGGAGGAGCUCUUAGUCUCCUUGCAGUGGGGAAGGGAGCAAACUUACUACCCCAAUGCGCAGCCCCACAGCACAGCAGAACUAGCAUUGAUCAAUCACAAGUUGGCAAAAGCAGUGAAUUCCCAUCUUCUUGGAAAUGUUGGCGCUAACAAUCAAAAGAAGAUUUCUAUUCUACGCAUUUUGGAUCCAGUUGCCUGUACAGAGAACUCACCUGAUAACCCAUUUUCGGAGUCUUCACCAGCUUCCUUACUUGCUACAAAGAAAAACAUUGGACGUUUUCAUCCCUACACUAGAUAUGAAAAUAUAACUUUCAACUGCUGCAAUCAUUGUCAGGGAGAACUUACUGCCCUUUAACAUUCAGUAUGGCGGAGAUAUGCUAAAGGCAUGUAUGGAUUACUCAAGCAUUAUUUCUGGGAGCGAGGGUGCUUAAAUGUUAGAAGAUAAGCAUUACUAUCUAGUUAAUGUUGCUCCAAAGUCUGUUACUCUGUCUGACUAGAAAUUACCCGUAAUAAAUAUCUCAGGGUAAAAGAAGCAAACUGAGUAAGUUUCAAGCAAUACCUUACAUUUCUCUUACAGGACUCUUAAAGACGUGACUUACAGAUAGAAAUUCUUUCUCCCCCUCCCAAGGCCUGAAGUUAGUACUUGUCUUCUUAUAUAUUUUGUAUGAACAGGUUUGAUUUUGGUGCUCUAAUACAGGGAUUGGCAAACUGGCCAUGGGUCAAACUGGAUCACAUGCAUUCCUUUACUAUUGUCCAUCGCUCAUUUGCACUUAAAACAGCCAAGUUGAGUAGAUCCAACAGAUCUUCUAUAGUGUGUGGAACCUAAAAUACUAUCUGGCCCUUUGCAGAAAAAGUUUUCUGAUCCCUCCUCUUCGGUAAUAAUAACUAAAGGAGGUUUCUUUCCUUUCUUGGGUGUUUUUGGUUUGGUUUGGGUGGACUACAAAGACAGCUUAAGAAAAUACUCUAGGAAUCGGGGAACCUAAUACCUUAAAAAUAGAUGCUGUCUUUUAGGAAAGGCCCCCCUGGUGGUGUAGUGAGUUGACUGUCGGCCUACUAACCACAGCACUGGCAGUUCAAACCCUCCAGCCGCUUUGCAGGAGAAAGCAGAACCUGGCUGCUCCUGUAAAGAUCCAGUGUUGGAAACUGCAGGGAGCCAGGCCGACUUUGACAUCUAGGUUAUCAUGAGUGAGAAUCAAUUCUUUGCAGUGGGUUUGUUUUGGUGUUGGUUUUGGUGUCUGGUACCUAUUAGGGAAAACAAUUUAGAGCCAAAUGAGCAAGUGCUUCAGCAAAACGUGCUCUUUUGUUGAUUUUACGCAGCUACUUCUAUAUCCUGAAUGGACUCAACUUGACAUGAAGCACAUUUUAACUGUUGAGCGUACAUUGACAAAUGCAACACAAAACAAGUAUGUCCAACAUGAUUUUUAUACAAUAUGGUGAAAGUAGAAUUGGAACAUUAUAGAUAUUCAAAGAAAAAAUGCAAUCCAUAAAACAGUAUAUGUUUUGUAGUAUAUAUUACUGUAUAUUUGGCAUGAACCAUUAUAAAAUGCUUUUUUAUGGGCCUUUAAAAUAUCUCCAGAAUAAUUACUCCAAAAAGUUAGUUGUAAAAAUGUCUAUCAGUAAAGAAAUUUUGAAAAGUCAAAUCUGGUCAAAUGGCAGUAUUUUUUAAUAUACUUCUCUUUUGGCUGAUUCCUAUGGGCGAUAGGCAUGCUUUCAAGUAGCAGUAAAUGUUUCUGCCUUGGCUUAUGAAUAUCCUUUUUCCCUGCUGUUCUUUGACUCAGUGCUGUCGUCUAUAUUAUACUGUUUACAACGGAUUCUUCAUCCUUUUCCUUGAAGUCUCUUUUUUCCUUUCUGAUGAUUAUAGUUUCUCAGGCAUAUUCAUCUUUGGUAGGCUAUUACAACAGUACAUUAUAAGUAAAGCACAUU